AUGAAAUCAACAAGAACUAAUUCGCGCCAUCUUGAUCGAUAUUUUAUGGAUCGAAGGGAUAAAAUCGAUAUGAAUUGCGAUUCUACUCGAUAUGGAAUAGUAAAACGUGAACCUGAUCAUGGAAAUAUCGAUCGUUUGAAGCAUGAUCUUGUUGAACAGAAAGAAGAAUACGAACGACAAAUAAAUCAAUUGAAAAAAGCUCAUGACGAACAAAUCUGUAAAUUUUGUACCGAACUAGAAAAAUCUUCCACGUUAUUACACGAAUAUAAACUAGAACUUGAUGCCAUGCGUUCCGAACUGAAUUCCAAAGAGAAACAAUCGAAACCUCAAACAAACGGUGUGUCUUCCAAUGACAAUUCCCAAGCGAAGUCUCUUGAAUUGGCUACUGAAAAUAUCAAAUUAAAGAAAGAUUUAGCUGCAUUAACAAGCAAAUAUCAAACAUUGAAUAACGAAAUUCAAGAUGCUCGACAAUACAUACUAAAAAUGAUCGAAGGCCUAGAAUAA